AUGGCUUACGAGAUUAUCGACAACAUCGCGGCUGAAGGGGCUCCCUACUACACGCCUGCUCAAGAUCCCCCAGCAGGUACUCAGACCAGCGGCUCAACCAAGGUCUUCACACCCAUCACCAUCCGAGGCGUCACAUUCCCAAACCGUCUCUUCCUUGCCCCUCUCUGCCAGUACUCCGCCAAAGAUGGAUAUGCCACUGAUUGGCACUUGACUCAUCUUGGAGGCAUUAUCCAACGAGGCCCGGGACUUUCCAUGGUAGAGGCCACCGCUGUGCAAAACCACGGUCGCAUCACGCCUCAGGACGUUGGUCUCUGGGAAGACGGCCAGAUCGAGCCUUUGAAGCGCAUCACCACUUUUGCGCACAGCCAAAGCCAGAAGAUUGGUAUCCAGCUUUCGCAUGCUGGUCGCAAAGCUAGUUGUGUAUCCCCUUGGUUGAGUAUCAACGCUGUUGCCGCUAAGGAAGUCGGUGGCUGGCCAGAGAACAUUGUUGCUCCUUCAGCAAUUGCACAAGAAGCUGGCGUGAACCCUGUUCCCAAGGCCUUCACCAAGGACGAUAUCGAGGAACUCAAGAACGACUUUCUGGCUGCGGCCAAACGAGCCAUCCGCGCUGGUUUUGAUGUCAUCGAGAUUCACGCUGCUCACGGCUAUCUGCUUCACCAGUUCUUGAGUCCAGUCAGCAACCAAAGAACCGACGAGUAUGGCGGCAGUUUUGAGAACCGUAUCAGAGUCGUCUUGGAGAUCAUUGAUCUCAUUCGGGCAGAAAUCCCCGAAACCACACCUAUCCUGGUCCGUGUCAGUGCGACUGACUGGUUCGAGUAUGACGCUCAGUUCAAGGACGAGUUCCCUGAGAGCUGGACAGUUGAGCAGACUUGCAAACUCGCUCAGAUCCUACCCAAGCAUGGAGUCGAUCUGGUCGACGUCAGCUCAGGCGGUAUCCAUCCCAAGUCUGCCAUUGCUAUCAAGGCUGGCCCAGCUUACCAGGUAGACCUUGCCAAACAGGUCAAGAAGGCUGUGGGCGAUAGCGUUCUUGUUUCAGCUGUUGGCGGAAUCAAGACUGGACAUCUCGCUGAGGAGGUUCUGCAGUCUGGCAUUGAUGUUGUCAGGGCUGGACGUUGGUUCCAACAGAACCCUGGCCUAGUCCGAGCUUUUGCCAAUGAGCUUGGCGUUGAGGUCAAGAUGGCGAACCAGAUUGAUUGGAGCUUUAAGGGACGUGGGAAGAAUGGACACAAGAAGUCGUCGUAG